UUCCGUUUCUGUACAACGGCACAAACUGGGAGACUGCAGCUUUAACGCUGCGGUUAAGACGAUCAGCGAACCUCACUUGUUGUUUUCUUGUUUCACUGUACAACUUGGUCAUUCUCGCCGUCCUCCCACGCUCUCCUCUCUCUCUCUCGAUUCCCACCGUCUACUCUCCUUCCUCGACAUGAUGAGACUGUAACUGGGGCAACCUGUGUGGGUUUCAGCUUCGAUCCGCUCUUUGACCGACUUACCGCUCUCACCGCAACCAUCCAGGCAACAAAGCAACAUAACGGAAUGGUUAUUGACAUCCGCUGCAGCCUCUGUGCAACGACUGGCCUACUUCAUGCCUUAUCUUAAUGCUGGGACAUUGACCUGCAACUCAAACAGAGUCAUCAACCGCCAACCACUUUCAGUUCGGCAAUGAACUUUUGACAACAAUGGUGUUCCCUCGUCGACCGUCGUCUGUCCUUCGCUACCUCAUUCCGGCGCUCCUCCUGACCGUGACCUUCUACAUCCUGGACGAACCGACCUACCUGUCGCAAUUGGGACCGCUACUCUUCUCAGCAGCGUGGAGCCGCAGAUAUGGAACGCACGAACACCCCAUUGACAGGCUGAUCAAGGCGGCCGAGAUCGACUUCGCAAACAAAAUCGCAAAGGCAACCCACACCCUCCCGGACACAGCCGCCGCCUACCGCAAGCGCAGAGGCAGACACCCGCCGCCAGGCUUCGACAAAUGGUACGAGUUUGCGGCUCAAGAAAAUAAUGCGAUCAUCGUCGAAGAGUUCUGGGACCAGAUCUAUCACGAUCUGGAGCCUUUCUGGGCCGUCGACCCUGCCAAGAUUCGCAGGGACGCCCGUCAGUUUGAGAUGCGCAUCGAGAUCCGCGACCACAAGGCGUCAACGGGAAGUGACUGGUUCUGGACGCAGAUCUGGCUCGAAAUGAUUCGAAGUAUAGAGCACUUUCUCCCAGAUAUGGAGCUUGCGCUGAACGCCAUGGACGAGCCGAGGAUGGUAGUACCGUGGGAGGAUAUCGGCAAGAAGAUGAAGAAAGCCGCAAAGACGAGGGGGAUGGUGGACCCGAAAAGGGCACUGUCUGAGUUCGGCAAGCUGUCGCCCCGUAAGAACGACUUGCUGGAUGAAGGGAACUCGCCGGAAUGGGAGCAUGAGAAGCACUACUGGCUCAUCGCCCGCCGCGGUUGCGCGCCCGACAGCCCAGCCCGCCAAGCUCCCGUCAUCACCGGCUUUGACCGGACACCCUCUAUGGCGAGUAGCUUCGACCUGGCGCACAUGGACGAUGGGUACGUGGUCAACUACACGCUCGGCACCGACUUCUGCCACCAAGCCGACUUACAGGCUCUCGAAGGCAUCUUCGUAGAGCCUCUCAGCGUCUCAGCCACCAAGUCUCUCCUCCCACUCUUCGGGGGCUCCAAGCUGGCCGUCAACAACGACAUCCUGCUGCCCGCACCAAUGUACUGGAACGAGGAAGAUCGUUUCACGGGCGCCGAGGGUGCCUCCAUCUCCUGGUCCUCUAAAUCUCCAACUGCUAUCUGGCGCGGCGUCGCAACAGGCGGCCUCAAUCGCCUAACUAACUGGCGCUCCUUCCAGCGCCACCGCUUUGUCGCCAUGAACAACGCCAGCCAGCUGCAACUGGCCUCUUCUUCUUCACCACCACUGAACUUUGCCCUCCCUGACAAGCGAUACGCCCUCUCCGCCCAGAGCGACGGCUCCAACGACUACGACCUCGCCGCCUGGAUCGCCUCCACAACAAACAUAUCCUUCACCGACCUCUUCUGUUCUCGACCCGACUCCGACUCCUCCAACCCAGCAUCAGAAGAACAAGAGGACGAAUGCCACUACGUCACCCCAUACUUCUCCACCACCCCACCCCUCCCCAUGUCCUCCCAGUUCACGCAUAAAUACCUCCCAGAUAUCGACGGCAACUCCUUCAGCGGCCGCUACCUCGGCUUCCUCCGGUCCACCUCGCUGCCGAUCAAAGCGACGCUCUGGCGCGAGUGGCACGACGCAAGGCUCGUGGCAUGGAAGCACUUUGUGCCGAUGGACAGCCGGUUCGGCGACUGGUGGGCGAUCCUCGAGUAUUUUGUCGGCAACGAGAAGACUGGGGUGCGGGGAAGGGACGAGGUUGCGGAGAAAAUCGCCAUGGACGGGAGGGAGUGGGCUGGGAGGGUGUUGAGGAGGGAGGAUAUGCUUGUUUAUCUGCUCAGGCUGUUGCUUGAGUAUGCGAGGGUGGCGGAUGAUGGGAGGGCGGUGAUGGGAUGGGUUGGGGAUUUGAUGUGA